UUGUUGGUCCUUGCGAUACGCAACGAUAUCGUUUCCUGCACUUGCUUGUUGAUUGAGAAACAUGUCCUAUAACUACGGUGGUCAACAAGGAUACGGUGGCGGAGGAUACGCGCCUCCUGGUGGCGCUCCCCCUGGGUACGCUGGUCAACCAGGCGGAUUUUCCGCUGGACCCCCUGCGGGACCGCCUCCAGGAGCCGACCCACAAUUAUGGAACUGGUUUACCGCGGUAGACACCGACCGAUCCGGGCAGAUCAGCGUGUACGAGCUGGAGAAGGCACUCAUCAACGGAGAUUGGACUCCGUUCGAUCUCGAUACCGUAAAGAUGCUCAUGUCCAUAUUUGAUACGGAUAGGAGCGGAACUAUUGGCUACAACGAGUUCGCGGGGUUAUGGAAAUAUAUCAAGGACUGGCAAAACGUGUUCCGGCACUUUGACCGCGACCGCUCGGGUACAAUCGACGGGGGCGAGCUCCAGGAUGCUCUCAGGCAAUUCGGGUUCAACCUGAGUCCCCAGCUCUUCCGCCUGGUCGAAAGGAAAUACGAUAUUAAUCAAGCUACGGGACCACGGGGACCAGGAGGGCGCUCUCCCGGAGUCACCUUCGACCGCUUCGUACGCUGCUGCGUGGUCAUCAAGCAACUUACCGAGUCCUUCCAGCGGCUCGACACAGAUAGGGAUGGCUGGAUCCAGCUCAACUACGAACAGUUCCUGCAGACGGUCCUCAGUCUGCCGUAAGUUAUACAAGCCAGUUGUACGAUAAUCGAGAAGAAUUUCUUGGAUAUUCAGUCUGUAAUGCUGAGCUGAACCUAUCGCAUUGUACAGUAUUUUUCGAGAGAUAUGAUGAUAAUUCUGCGCUG